CACACUUCCCUCAGUAACUUUUAUUUUUUCUUGUCUGGGCGGUGACCGUGACUGCCUCCAACUUUGCUCCGGGAUGCUCUUCAAACGCUGAGAACUUUGACUCUGAGCGGAGUGGAGGAGAACCUGGCACACGCGGAAGCACAGAGGCCGACGCAUGAGGCAAGGUAUGAGCACGGAGCUCCGCGAAGACGCCGCGUGCUCGGCUCAGCGCGCGUCGAGUCUGCCGUUCAGCGUGGACGCGCUCAUGUCUCGCGCAGGCUCCAGAGCUCCAGCGGAAACGCCUCGCUACAGCACCGCGCGCGCGACGCUCCUCUACGGCCCGCCUGCGCCAGAGGAUUGCGUCCCGUCAUCGCCCGUCAAGUCGGAAGCGUCGGAUCGAGACGACGCGACCUGGCCAAAGUCCGCGUGCUCACCGCAGCCACGACACUUGGGUCCGAGCACAUGUUCUCUCAGAAAGCACAAGACGAAUCGUAAGCCUCGCACUCCAUUCACAACAGCUCAGCUCCUGGCGCUUGAGCGCAAGUUCCGUCAGAAGCAGUACCUCUCCAUCGCUGAGCGUGCCGAGUUCUCCAGCUCUCUCUGCCUGACUGAAACACAGGUAAAGAUCUGGUUCCAGAACAGACGGGCCAAAGCCAAGCGACUGCAGGAGGCCGAGAUGGAGAAGCUCAAAAUGGCGGCCAAGCCAUCGGCACACUCGGGCCUCUCUUUCCCAUUUCCUCUCAGCAGUCAGCCACAGGGAGCAGCAGCGCUCCUCUAUGGACAAUCAGGACACUAUCCUUUCCGCAGGUACAUGCUCCCUAUGCCUCCACUUGGGAUUUACUCCACGCCUUUGGCCUAUAGUAUGUAUCAUUUGUCCUGAGAGGCAAUAUGGAUUUUCUUCAUCCAAACUGAAGACUGUUUGUUGGUGCCUAAACAUCUUUGCCCAUUGGGCUGAUAUGUAAUCUAAAAAGUGUGUCAAGUGGCCAAAGCAACAACAAAAACAGGUUCAAAGGCUAUGUGUCAUUUUUUUUUUUUUCUUUUUUCAAAAUUUUUUUUUGUAAUAGUAGCUUUAAAAAAGUUUUGAAACAGAUGUCAUGUUCCACACAAAAACAAAGCAAAAUCAUUACAGGCCACAGUUUUGGGAGUCUGUGUCUAAAUGCACCUUAUUAUAAAGACUAUGCAGGUUCAGAUGCUGGAUAUACUGAACUACUUAAUUGAACUGGGUAGGUUGAAUACUAAAAGCUUAACAAUGUCAUUUGUAAGUUUUUGUUCUUCACUUCCAUUCUUUACUAAAUGUUUUGGGGUCAAUUGAAAAAGUGUCCAAGAAACCUGGACGCUUCAUUUCAGACAUACUGAACUGUUGUGUAGGAAAUCAGUGUUUUAAAAAUUUUUUAGAGGGCAAUUUUCAAAUCAAAACAAUCAUCAAGUGCUACUUUGUACUUUUUUUUCUCAGCCAAAGGAAAUGCAAACUUAAACUUACAAAACCGAAUACGUUGAUUACACAAGCUCUAUAUAGCCUUUCAUGACUUCGUGUAGUGGUCGCAUAAUUAUAUUUAUAUGAGGAACAAAUGUACCAUAAUAUGUUUUUAUAAUAACAUUGUUGCUUUUCAUUAAAUGUAACUUUCAGAUGAAA